UAAGCGUGUGUGUGUGUGUUUGCAGGCAGGGGAAAAAAUCGCACCAUUUUUCUCGUGCUCUUUUGCGUGCGUUUUUUGGUCUUUCGAGGAUUGUUUCGUAGGAAAUCAAUUAAACACGAGCGCAGCUUAAUAUAUUAAAAGUAGUGAACUAAGUAGUUAUCCAUAAAUUGACGAGCGCACAGUAGCAAAUCGACUUGCAAAUUUCAAUAUUCGGUCCGAACGUGUGUAACUGUGUCUGUGCGUGCGUGCGUGUGAGAGUGAUGGGUGAAAAAUGCGGCGUAAUGAAAAUGCGUGCAAAACUGUAUAAAAGAUUGCUUUGAUUUCCACGAUCGUGAGCAUUAAAAGAUUAGGCGUGAUACUGACCGGUUAAAUUUACCUUAACUGAAAUUUAACUACAUAUUUAAACAGCAGCAUAGUCACUUUUGCCUAAAAUGUCAUCAAAAACUGGGAGGAAAAAAAUCAUAGCAACAAUCUGAAUGAAUUCGGAGAUUCAGAUUUGUUGUCACAAAAAUUGUUGGAUAAAAUGUGCGAAAGUGUGUUUGUCAAAUUGUUUAGCCAAAAUUAUUUGUUUACAUAGUUGUUCAGCGUAGCACGAGGCUGUUUUCCUUAAUUCUUAACAACAUAACACACUCGCCUUGGCUAAUUUUCACUGGAAACUGAAGCCGAUUAAUAAUAGGAAAAUAGUCCUACGACAAAUAGCCCGCCUUUUGACAUAUGAACACAACUAAACUACCACAACACAGCUCACCAAAAACAUAAAAUAAAUUCGGAAAGUAUAGCACUAAAGCUAAAAUUUCAAGGAGAUGCUGCUCAAAUUUCAUACUUGAUGUCAAACAACGACGCCCCAUAGCAACAACAACAACAACAGCUGAAAGAGAAGGAAAAGGAACAACUGGAAUAACUGUAAGCUAGGGAACAGAGGGAGAGAGGCAAUCUCUGUACACACACCUGUCGUCCAGCGGGGGAAAGAGCAAAAGAGAGCGACGGAUCUCCCGUGUGUGUUGUUCGCAUGCGCGACAUGCGCGGACGCUAAGUGAGUGCGAGUGAGUGCUCGAAUGCGUGUGAGUGUGGGCGGUGAGGAUAAUUCGCUUAAUUCGCACGCAUCCCACAGAUCCUGCAGAUCCUCCAGUUUGUUCGUCAAACAGAGUCAGCAUUUCGGAUCAAACCAAUUGCCUGUCAGCAACGUUAGAAACAAAAACAAAAGCAGCAGCGGCAGCCGAUAAAAAAUCAUUAUCAAAAUUACGGAAAAGCGAUCAAAAUUCAAGCGAGAUUAGCUAGGCGAAAUGCAGCGACGAGAACGGCAAGCAAGGCAACCAGAUGUGCAAUAAAAGUGCUAAAAUUGUGAAAAAUCCAAGCCAAGCUGCCAACUAAACAAUUAUAACAAAGGCAAUAAAAAUUAAAACACGUUCUCAAACGCAACAGCAUUAAAUCAACAGCAGCAGCAACAAAUACAACAAACACAACAACGAAGAGUGAACGGCCUCAAAGUCAACAACAGCUGCUUGCAGUUUUACAGUCAUUGGGCGUCGGCGAUCCCCCGCGACGCUCUGCUUCUUCGUCUUUCACGGGAUUCCAUGCAUGAGGCCCUUCUCGCCAUCUCGUUCCCACUGAAAGUACCGUUCCACGGAGUCCACCGGUGGCGGUGGCCCACAAACGACAACUGCCGGUCCAUCCGCUGGUAAUGUGGCAAAUGCCACCACAGCCCUAGCCGGUGGUAAAAGCUCAAGCAAUAACAUGUAUUCCACCCGCCAAUCUGUAAGCACCACGACCGGUGUACUUAUGGUCGGACCAAAUUUUCGUGUCGGUAAAAAAAUUGGCUGUGGUAAUUUUGGCGAAUUGCGUUUAGGCAAAAACCUUUACAACAAUGAACAUGUAGCAAUAAAAAUGGAGCCUAUGAAGUCAAAGGCUCCGCAACUACACUUAGAGUAUAGGUUUUAUAAACUUUUAGGAUCACAUGCCGAUAACGCCCCAGAUGGCAUACCACGCAUUUAUCAUUUGGGCACUUGCGGUGGCCGUUACAAUGCCAUGGUUUUAGAGUUAUUGGGAUUAUCAUUAGAAGAUCUCUUCAAUAUUUGCGCCCGUAAAUUUUCACUUAAGACUGUAUUGAUGAUAGCGAAACAACUUCUCCACCGGAUCGAAUAUGUUCAUAGUCGGCACUUAAUAUAUAGGGAUGUGAAACCAGAGAACUUUCUCAUUGGCAGAACGUCAACAAAACGUGAAAAAAUUAUACAUAUAAUUGAUUUCGGUUUGGCCAAAGAAUACAUUGAUUUAGAUACAAAUAGGCAUAUACCAUAUCGGGAGCAUAAAUCCCUAACUGGAACAGCACGUUAUAUGUCAAUCAACACGCACAUGGGGCGUGAGCAGUCGAGACGCGAUGAUCUGGAGGCAUUGGGACAUAUGUUUAUGUAUUUCUUAAGGGGUUCACUGCCGUGGCAAGGCCUAAAGGCUGAUACACUCAAGGAGAGAUAUCAAAAAAUCGGUGAUACGAAACGAGCAACGCCCAUCGAGGUGCUUUGUGAUGGACAUCCGGAAGAGUUUGCGACAUAUUUGCGUUAUGUACGGCGGUUAGAUUUUUUCGAAACUCCCGACUAUGAUUUUCUGCGAAGACUGUUUCAAGACUUAUUCGAUCGUAAGGGUUACACCGACGAGGGCGAGUUCGACUGGACAGGGAAGACAAUGACCAAGGAACAGCUGGACCAAAUGAAAGUCAUAAAGAAUGCACCGCCAUCGCAUUUGGCCAAAAAUAAGUCUGACAAGUCAACACCCGUCGGAUCUCUGCAAACUGGCCAUGAAGUCAUCAUUUCACCAAAUAAAGAUCGUCAUAAUGUUACGGCUAAGGAUGUUUCUUAUUUUGAUUUUGAUGACGAAGUUGAUGAUGAGAAUGAAGAAUAUAUAAUACUCCAGACAAAUGCCAAAGGAGGUGUUGCUGCGUGGCCUGAUGUGCCAAAGCCGGGGGCAACACUGGGCAAUCUAACGCCGGCCGAUCGGCAUGGUUCAGUACAGGUUGUGAGUUCGACGAAUGGCGAACUAAAUCCGGACGAUCCCACGGCCGGACACUCAAACACGCCCAUCACACAGCAGCCGGAAGUCGAAGUGGUCGAUGAAACAAAUGGUUCCUUAUAUUCCAGAUGUUGUUGUUUCUUUAAACGAAAGAAGAAGAAAUCGACGCGCCAAAAAUGACUAGACGGUGUACAAUGUAGUCCAGAACGCGAGGCAGUCACCCUGCUGCGUGCCACUUCACAUUCAAACUCACGGGAUAGCGUAUUGAAUAAUCCGAGUCAGGAUUAUAUCCAGCAGGCAACGUCGCAGCAUACGUUGCGUUAUCCUCCAUCCGCGUCGAUGUUGACGCCAACACCAACUACAAACACACCGACACUUCCGUUGUAAUUUAUAUAAAUAUAAAGCCAGAUGCAAAAUGCAGAAAGCAACAAAAAAAUAUUAAACGAAACCCAACAAAACAAAACAAAUGAACCCCGUAUACAUUAAAUACACUAAAAAACAGUAAAAACAAACAAAAUGCAACCAAUUUUGAUUAAUUAUUGUAAUGAUUGUAUUUUAUUAUUAUUUUUAUU